AUGCGUGCGUUUCGAAUUCCUGCAAAUAAACGAAAAGGAAAUUUGUGUCGACCAUUUUCUGGUUGCUCGAAUCAGAAGGCAAAACACGUGGCCAUAGACAGACUCCUCCCGAAAAGAAACCACUCAGCCUUAGGUGGACGGUUUUUUAUGACUGUGAAACUGGCCAAGGGCCAGACAUUUUUUCUUCUUCCUGGUCAUUUAUCUAUUCAGAUAAAUAUAUGCGUUAAUGCUUCAAACUUUGUUUAUUGCUUUCUGGUGAUCUUAUUUACUUCGUCAUUCUAUCUAUCUAUCUAUCUCUGUUCAUAUCUAUCUAUCUAUCUAUCUAUCUAUCUAUCUAUCUAUCGUAGUCUUUUUUAUCUCAUUCCCUCUUCAUUUUCUUUACUUCUUACCAUUAUUUCCUUCUAUUUUUUUUUUUUUUCCAAUAUCCUCUUCUUUUCUUCCCUUUCCUUAACGUUUUUUUUUUCUCUUUUCUCUUCUAAACCAACAUUUCUAUCUUUCUCUUCUUUUUUUUAUCUCUUUCCUUAUUUCUUGUCCUACGACGCUUCUUCCUUCAUUCCUUCCUUCCUUGCUUUCACUAGUUAUUCUGGACUUUGUUUUUGUUAA